UUAUAGACUGGAGGCUUACCACGACGUCUUAUAGCAGGACCUAAAUUGAACUGCACUGUUUUUUCGUACCAUGACAUCAAUUAUAAGCAGGCCUGCGGCAGGUCUGCUCAGUAAACCGUUCACCAUUUUUUUUGUAUAGAGUUUUCCUACCACAACGGCCACUUUUGACAGCAGGAAUUGUUUCUUGCUCGUCGCAAAUGUCAAAUAAAGCGAUUCUUAAAAAGUUACUGUAGCUUCUUUGGACAUUUUUGGCGUUGUUUUGUAAGAUAUUCACCAAAUGUUCCGUGUUUGUUUCCUAAGGAUUUGUAGGAUAAAGGGCAUUAAAAUACAUGCAAAGCUAUUGUUCAAUAAGAAUUUGAUGAAAUACCUAUGAAUUUUUCAAUAAAGUUAAAUCUACAGAAGAGUAAGUUGUGUAAACAUUAAUAACACCCCUAACAUUAUUGCAAAGAUGUGUGACGAGUAUGAACUGUUUGAGUUUUUGGAAAGUGAUUUCAACGAAUCCAGAAUGGCAAAUAAAAAGAAACGUUUAAGGAACAGAGAAAAUAAUAAUCCUUUUGACUUAGAUGAAAAUGCUUUCAUCAAGGAGUACAGGUUAACCGCAGACUUGGUGCACAAACUUUGUGAAGAGGAGGAGCCAAUAAUGGCAAAAAGCUCUAAAAGAGCAACUGAUUUAAGCAUAGAAACAAAGAUUUGUGAUUCGUAUCAACAAAUUCUAAGUGUUGAUGCGAGUCAUCCAGGGUCAUUUCAUGACUCAUUUAUAUGGAGUCACCAUCCUGUAUGUUACCAUUUGGAAAAUUUAGGGUCUGAAGCAACAUGGCUUUUAGGUGACUCUGGGUACUCACAACGAAGAACGAUGAUGACACCUAUUUUGGAUGCAGAACCAGACACACCGGAAGCAUAUUAUACACAAAAGCAUGUAAAGGCUAGGAAUGUGAUAGAAAGAACUAUAGGUCUUCUCAAAGCACGUUUCCGGUGUCUCUUGUGCCACAGGGACAUGUUGCAUUAUCAACCACAGGUUGCUGGCUUCAUUACAAAUGCUUGUGUAAUAUUGCACAAUAUUUGUAAUGAAAACAACUUGCCUGAAGUAAGGUUGACAGAAGAAGAGCAAGCAAGGGAAGUUGCACAACAACCACCAGUGGAAGCUCUUCAUGAACCAGCUGGGCAACACAACAUUGAGCUUCAACGUGGUAUAUCUACACGGCGGGAUCUUGUGGCACGUCUCUGGGCUUUUCGCCGUACCUGAAAAUCAAAAAAUAGAAUUUUAUUGCAGAUUUGUAUUCAAUAAUAUUUCGUUUUUAAGAGUAAGUUAUAAGUAGCUAUGCAGGUAGUUUAUGAACAAUAAUCUUUUUCAUUUAAUAUUCAUCAAAUUAAUAUAGUUUUUUUAUUGUUAUUAAAUUAAAUUGAAUACCAAUAUUUUAUUAUGUAAAAGCAUAAAAGUACAUAU